CGAGGGUCACGUGGGCAGACGGAAUUGGAAGGCGAACAGGAAACAGAAGGUUCCACAACCAAUGCAUCAUUUUCACUUGCGUUCGAGUGGCAGCUCCGACCCCUGAAUAAAGCCAACAAGAGCAGAGAAGUUUUAGCUACCACAGCAAAGUCCCAAACCAUGAACUAUGUUGGACAGUUACUGGUAACAGUCAAGGAAUUGUACAAGGGAUUAAAUCCUGCAACACUCUCUGGAUGCAUUGAUGUGAUUGUGGUCCAACAGCAGGAUGGCACCUACCAGUGCUCACCAUUCCAUGUUCGAUUUGGAAAGCUCGGGGUACUUCGGUCAAAGGAAAAUGUGGAUCCUCCUUCCUCACUGGGACAUAUCUUUGUUAUUGACAUCGAGAUUAAUGGCGAUCCAGUGGAUCUGCACAUGAAGUUGGGAGAUAAUGGAGAAGCUUUCUUUGUACAAGAAACAGAACAAGAAAAUGAGAAAGUUCCUCCUCACCUGGCUACCUCGCCCAUCCCUACAGAAGAAGGGCUGUUCUUCAAGGAUAUACAGUUGAGCUUGGGCAAAUCUCGAGCCGACCCAGGAAUGGAACAAGACUUGGAGAAUACAGUUCAGAGCACAACUCCAGAGACCUUGGUCUGCACCAGUUCAGUGAAGAAGAAAAAACGGAGGAAGAAGAAAUUUAAACCAGAUGGCAAAAAGGAAGACCGAGGUCCAUCAGCUGGCAGUGAAGAAAUAUUUGAAAUGGAUAUUAGUUCUGAUGAAGACAAACCAAUGCAUUCUCCCAGGGGGUUGGCAUGCACCUCUUCAAAGGGCAGUGAUUUGAAAGAAUCUCCAACCUUUGCACAUAAGGAUGAUUAUCCAUAUUCUGAUGGUGACUGCUCUCUAAUUGGAUGCAUGUCCAUUUCCCAGCCAUUUUCUCCUAAAAGUGACUCUGAAUUAAUGGUGAAACCAUCUGAUAUGCUGAUGUCUGAGCCUCACAUGCAGUGGUCGUGGGGAGAAUUUCCAGAAUCAACAAGGGUUAAUAAAAGGGAGAGGCUGGAACAGCUAGAAACCUUGAGUAUUACACCAUCUGAAAACACUUACUUCAGGGUUAUCCUCAGUCCUGAUGUUAUGGAUGUGGAUGUCAACGCUGGGGAAAUCACAACUCAUACAGUAUUGAAACCUGAGGCUAGAGCGCUUGGGAACUUUAGCCAGACAGUUGCUAACAGCGAAAAUGCAUCACCUGAAGAAAUUCCCAUUGACACAUUUUCACAAUCCCCACAUUCAGAGAGUAUCCCAGAAACUGGAGUCUCUGUAGUGUCUCAGAUGGACAGCGCCCCUACAGUCCCUGAAACAGAGACUCCAGCUAUUACAAAAUUAGAUUCACCAUCAAAGAAAAAAGGUCUCCAGAAACGAAGUCAGCAUCAGGGACCUGAAGACAUUUAUUUGGAUGAUCUGUCUGUUUUGGAACCUGAAGUUGCUGCUCGCUAUUUUCCCAAAAGUGAGUUUGACAGCAAUUCCAAACGAUGGAUUGAAUCUGACACACGCUCUGGUUCUCAGUCACCACAGUCGGUGGGAAGUGCAGCAAUGGAUAGUGGGACAGAAUGCCUCUCUGAUUCGGCAGCUGACCUGCCAGACCUAAUGUUCUCACUUUGUGGGGGUCUCAGUGAAAAUACUGAGAUUUCCAAAGAGAAAUUCUUGCAGCAUGUUGUUACAUAUCAUAAAUUUGCAGAAAAUCCUGGGAUUAUUGAUGAUCCUAACCUUGUUCUAAGAAUUAAUAACAGAUACUAUAACUGGACGUUAGCUGCUCCCAUGAUUCUCAGCAUGCAGGCUUUCCAAAAGUGUCUACCCAAGGCAACAAUUGAUGACUGGGUAAAAGUGAAGAUGCCAAAGAAGUCUGGCAGGUGGUGGUUCUGGCGCAAGAAGGACAGUGUUGUUAAACAGCCUGAAACAAAACAAGAGAAAUUGAAUGAAGAAAACAAACCUGAUCAAAACUCGGUCACCAGCAGAUCCAAAGAAGGGGAUUCCUCCACUGAUGAAGACUCGACUAACUUUAAUGAACCAAUAGCAAGUGAUCCAAAAUUCUCAGAGAACCUACAUCAGGGAUGUUCCAUCUCUUAUAAGAAGUCUCUGAGAUUAUCCUCAGAUCAAAUUGCAAGCCUUAAAUUGCAAGAGGGGCCAAAUGAUGUGGUAUUUAGUAUAACGACUCAGUAUCAAGGCACCUGCCGCUGUGAAGGAACCAUAUACCUCUGGAACUGGAAUGAUAAAGUCGUCAUAUCUGAUAUUGAUGGAACCAUAACCAAGUCUGAUGCCUUAGGGCAGAUCCUUCCUCAGCUGGGCAAGGACUGGACCCACCCUGGGAUCGCCAAACUCUAUCAUAAGAUUCAUGAGAAUGGUUAUAAAUUUCUCUACUGUUCAGCACGUGCCAUUGGUAUGGCAAACAUGACAAGAGGCUAUUUGCACUGGGUGAACGAUAAAGGAACAAUCCUUCCUAGAGGACCCUUACUGCUAGCUCCUAGCAGCCUUUUUUCAGCUUUUCAUAGGGAAGUAAUAGAGAAGAAACCAGAAAAGUUUAAAAUUGAAUGUUUGAAUGACAUCAAAAAUUUAUUUACUGUUUACAACCAGCCUUUCUACGCUGCUUUUGGGAACCGGUCUAAUGAUGUUUGUGCCUACCAGCAAGUAGGAGUUCCGGAUUACAGAAUUUUUACAGUAAAUCCAAAAGGUGAACUGAUACAGGAGCAAACCAAGGGCAAUAAAUCUUCGUACAUUCGGCUGAGUGAGCUUGUUGAACAUGUCUUCCCUUUGCUCAGUCAAGAACAAUGUUCAGCUUUCAUUUAUCCAGAAUACAGUCACUUUAACUACUGGCGAGACUCACUGCCAGAUAUCAGUAUGGAAGAACUGAAUUAAUUAUUGCUAGUGAUAGAACUCUGUCAAAGAUAUUGCCAAUAUUGUUAAAACUUUUUUAAACAGUCUGAUUCAGGUAUACGUUAGCAAAGCUAAUCAUUUGUGUUUAUUUCAUGUACUAAUUCUACUAUAGAAGCAUGACGUUUACACAAGUUGACACAGUUAAUGCCAGCAGAAUUCUCUCAGGAAUAUUGCCUUAGUGUUCAUUUUACCUAUUGGUUGCACCGGAAGGAAAAUCAAUGAAUUUGAUCAUAAUUGUGUCUUUACAUAAGACAAUUGCACAUGUUAUCCUUCUACUCUCAUCUUUACAGUUACCGUUUAGAGUAACUUUUUAAGGAAACAAAUAGUUUAGCUUGGAUUAAAGCGUUAACUCAAUUGCAAGGGUGUGUCUUUUUUUUUAAAUGCCAUGAAAAUGGGUCAAGAAUCUGUUGGUUUUAAUGGAGCCUAGAAAAAAAGCCCAGACCCGUUCUGUAGCAAUGACCUAAUUCAUAUCUCAACAUCUCAUACUAUUUGAUGCUGCUUCACCUGUGGUGGGAAUACAUGCCAAUAGAGAAUUUGUUUUUGUUCGUUUAAAAAGUAUCAAUAAAUGCUUCUUUCAUUUCUAUAAAUAGAUAUAUGGUAGUAGGUACCUCUAUGGAUAGAAGUCCUGCUUGUAACCUGACAUUUUAUUACAGACUGACAGCUAUUGUGUAGUCAGGCUACUCAAUAAAUUUUUUUGUGUUCAGUGGCCUACUGCCAUAUAUUUUUGUCCAUCCUCUCAUGUAUGCCUUCAGUUGGUAAAAUUUUGUACAGUUUUGAUCAAUCUGUUACAAAAGAGGUACAUGAAGGGUUUUACAUUCGGGCACUGCGCAUUAUUACAGCAAGUUCAUUCUUUCUAUGAAAGAUGCGAAUUAGUGUGUUAUGAGAACACUUAUUAAAGUUAAUUGCUUAUACAUUCUAUAAACUACUUAAAAUGGAUGUAAUAUACUGGUGAGGGAGGAAUAGAAAUCAUGAUUUCUUCUAGCAAUUGUUAAUCACUUUAAACUAUUUGUGCUGGAAAUAUUUUCAUAUUUUCGAAAGAGGAAUUGUGAACUUAUGUUUUGUUUUAAUCACCCAUUCCAAUAUAUAGGAUAUUUGGAUGAACAUCUUACAAGUUCUAUGGGGCCUUUUUAAUUAAAAAAAUUAAAUCUUAAUAAGGACUUGCAGAAUGUUCUCAAACUCCUAUGCACCUUUUGGAUGAGGAUAGUACAGUAAAUGCAUUUUUUUCCACCGUGUAGCUUUAACUGCUUAAGAAAUUACUUGAUAAGUGAUUUUUUUUUCCGUCUGAUCAUUUUGUAUUGUUUUGUUUGACCAUGGAUUUGCCCAACAGAGAAGAACAAAAUUUAUUGAAAUUUGACUUAUUGUCUGUGUGGUCAGUUAGGAUAACCACAGCACAGUUGAUUUGUCCAGCUUGGAUUACAGUGAUUGUAAGAAAAAUCAGCCAGUGUAUCAGUAUUCUAUGUCAGAUUGUGAAUCAAUCAUGCCCUGUAUUUAACACAAUCUUAAAUAUAAUGUUUGAGUUUGUAUGUAUGUGUAUGCACGCACAUACUAUAUUCUUGCUAUGAGAUGUUUCAUCUUAGAACCAUGGAAUAAAAAUUGACAUUAAAAACC